AUGCGCGUCGGAUGUCGUAUAGAUGGCGUUAACAUUAAUAACAUAAGUUACGCUGACGAUAUGGUGCUGCUCAGCCCAACGGUGGGAGGCCUAAGUGAAAUGUUAAAGGUAUGUGAGAUGUAUGCUACUGAGCAUGGGCUCACAUACAAUGUCAAAAAAACAGAGUACAUGGUCUUUGAGGCCGCUGGUAAAUGUCACAAUAUUGCAGUUAAUGUUACCCUUAAUGGCAUGAACGUGAAACGAGUCACUAAAUUUAAAUAUCUGGGGCAUAUUAUUACUAGUGACCUCAAGGAUGAUGCUGACAUUGAAAGGGAGCGCAGGGCUCUAGCGGUUAGAGGUAAUAUGUUGGCUCGCAGGUUUUCCCGUUGUACAAAACAAGUUAAGAUUACGCUUUUUAAAGCAUACUGCCAGAGCGUAUACACGGGGAGCCUGUGGGUCAAAUACACCAAAAGAUCGCAUGAAGCCCUGCGCAUCCAACAUAAUAAUAUAUUCAGGAUGCUGUUGGGACUGCCUCGUUUUUGUAGUGCAUCAGGGAUGUUUGCUGCAUACCAAACAGACGGUUUUAAUGCCAUCAUACGCAAAAAAAACCGCAUCCCUUAUUAG